GCUGACGAGCAUGACUACGGUUUGAUGACUUGAUGGUGUGAAGCCGAACUUGUUUUCUUUAUGGCUAGUGUCCUUGUACAAAAGUGAAAUACAUGUAUAUCAUUUAUUUAAGAGUAGGAUAGCUGUAAACACAAACGAAGCCGAAACAUGGAAUAUUGUCGUCUUUGGUGGCUCUGUUGUGACAUCAAAUUGUAGCUGUUUAAAUUUACUACGGGUGCUUUGUCACGAUCCCCUUCGCCAGGAGGAUGUUCUUCGACCUGUUUUGCUGAAUGCGGAACUCGGUUGCGCAGUGGCAUCGAGGUCCAUCUUUAAUCACGAUGACGACACACACGAGGACGUCAGCUGACACGUGCUGGGUCAAAGGCGACGACGCGGAGCCGACAUCCCGGUCGGCGGGCGACGGCGCGACGGCACGGAGCUGGACGCGGCGUUUCCGGGACGUGGACCCCGUCCCGCUUCAGCUGCAAGGCGGGCCCGCCAGCGCCCGUCUCUACUGUGACGUCAUCGACGGCCUGGCGGAGGGCGGUGGCCUGGCCGAGGUUUUCCUGGUAGAGAUCUUCCGCUGCAAAGUGUGCCGCUUCACCUGCGGGCUCAAGAGCGCCAUCUGCAGUCACUUGCUGCUGGCGCACGCCUCGCCGGAGGAGGCGGGGCUUCAGCGGCCGCCGCUGACCUACGCGCUCGACCUCAAACACGACGAUGACGACUUCCUGCUCUACGACAUGCUGCGCGACAUCGGCCCGCCCGCCUGCCACAUUGAUGCCCACGCGGGGUUAAAGGUCACGCACAACUGUGAGGUCAGCAGCCUUUUUGAGGACGACGAGUCCAUCUUCCCCGUGAAGACGGCGUUUCGUCCCGCGGAUCCCCCCGCCGUUCGCGAGGAGGCGGCGCAGUCCGCCCACCUCAUGACGCUCGGAUUGUGUCGCAUCGCCGGCGCGCGACCGCAGCCGGAGCCCGCGGCCGCGCAUCCCGCCCGUCCGACGUCGGACCCGCCGCUGUCCAAGGACGCCGAAAAGGACGUGAGGAAGGACGAUUGCCGCGCACCUGAGCGACGUCACGCGCGGCGUCGCACGACGGACGUCCAUCAGAGGCGGUCGGCUGAGCGGCGGGCGGAGCUAAAGUUACGUAGGAGGAGACCGGAGGCGGGGCAAAGAGGGGCAGAGUCACAUGACCUCGACGAGAACGCUGGUAAAAGUCGACGUGUGAUCGGACGAGCUGACGGGAAGAAGAAAAUGACGACACACCUGGACAGCUCUUGUCGCAGAUCAUCAACAGACAGACAAAAAAAAGAAAGAGGAGAGUUGGCGGCGUUCGUCUGCUCGCUUUGUCACAAGAAGUUGUCCAGCAAAGUCACUCUGCAGCGCCACCUGGGGGUCCACACUGGAAUCAAACUCUUCUCCUGUCCCACGUGUUCGUACACCAGCAGACUCAAGGAGUCGCUACAACAACACGUCAGGACGCACACUGGUGAAAAGCCUUACAGGUGUGCGUCGUGUCCGUACGCUUCCAUCGAUCGGAGUUCUCUGCUGCGACAUUCCCGAACGCACAGCCAAGAAAAACCGUACAAGUGUUCACAAUCAUCCAGAAGAAGAGUUUGGAUCUUCACGCACGUCGCCAUCACACGGGGGAAACGUUUCCGUGCCAACAGUGCGACUACGCUAGCGCAGACCGCCAGUUGCUGCUGAGACACACGCGCAGACAUCAUCAUCAUCGUCGGCAGCCGCACGCGUCCUCCCACAAUGCCGAGGGGCAACUUGAGGCGCCGAUGUCAAAGGCGAGAAUGGGCUGAAGACGACAAAUGCAAUUUUGUCAAACAUGAAUUUUCUUUUCAAGAUGUCACUGAAUGCUUUUCUGCUUUUUUCAUAAAAAUAUGACGUUGACACUUAAUAAGCAA